AUGGGUUAUUGUCCGCAAAGAGACGGUCUGCUGGACAUGCUGACGGGCGUCGAGACACUGCUGCUCUUCGGACGCCUCCGAGGCGUUCCUAUGACGACCGAGUACCUGAGAGUGCUGCUGUACGUCUUCCGCCUGCAGGAGAUAGCCGACUACCUCGUCGGCACAUACAGUGCUGGCAACCGACGAAAACUCUCUAUCUGCAUCUCGAUGAUUGGUUUGCCCCGGAUUGUGCUGCUGGACGAACCGUACGCUGAAAUCUCCACGACCGCGCGCAAGCGCAUUGUGAACUACAUCAGCGCGCUCCAGAGAGUCAGCAACAUCGCCAUACUGCUGAGUUCUCACGGCCUGUCGGACGUCGAGUUCCUCUGCAACCGAAUUGCCAUCAUGGACGCUGGGAAACUGCAGUGCCUUGGCACGCUGGCUCAGCUGAAAGAUAAGUUCGGCAAGGGGUACACCAUUAUUGUCAAGACGUACCCCGACAAGAAGGAGGACUUUUUCUACCAGCAGGACGUGGUCAGCGACGUGUGCAAGGCCUUUCCGGGAGCCGAGAUGGCAUACAGUUACGAGGGCCUGUUGGAGUUCCGGAUGUCGCGGGUGAAUAUGUUGUGGAGCGAGAUGUUCAUGCGCAUGGCGCGCAUCAAACGGCGCCGCAAGCUCCAGGAUUUCUUCAUUUCGGACACGUCGCUAGAACAGAUCUUCCUGAGCGUGACACACAAGGAGGCCAGCGACGCGGCCGCAGCCGCCGCCGUGGUCCAGCCUGCGAGCGCCGUGCCGCCCAUCGUGGCAAAUCCGCUGGGACUGUGA